AGGAAGAAUGUCUAUCUUUUCAUCUACUACUUAAUCCAGUUCUGUGGCCACUCAUGGAUAUUUACAAAUAUGACAGUCAGAUUCUUUUCGUUUGGAAAAGAUUCGAUGGUUGACACUUUCUAUGCUAUUGGACUUGUGAUGCAACUUUGCCAAUCCAUCUCCCUCUUGGAGUUGUUGCACAUCUAUGUUGGCAUUGAAUCAAACCUUCUUCUCCCUCGGUUUCUGCAGCUCACGGAGAGAAUCAUCAUCCUGUUUGUGGUGAUCACCAGUCAAGAGGAAGUCCAAGGGAAAUACGUGGUGUGUGUGUUAUUCAUCUUCUGGAAUCUAUUGGACAUGGUUAGGUACACGAAUAGCAUGUUAUCAGUCAUAGGAAUUUCCUAUGCUUUCCUGACAUGGCUCAAUCAGACACUGUGGAUGCCGAUUUAUCCUUUGUGUGUUCUUGCUGAAGCAUUUGCCGUCUAUCAGUCGCUGCCUUACUUUGAAUCAUUUGGCACUUACUCCACAAAGCUGCCCUUUGACCUGUCCAUCUACUUCCCAUAUGUGCUGAAAAUAUAUCUCAUGAUGCUCUUUAUAGGUAUGUAUUUUACCUACAGUCAUCUUUACUCAGAAAGAAGAGACGUCCUCGGAGUCUUUCCCAUCAAAAAGAAGAAACUGUGAGCAGCAUUCUGCUGUGACGUAAGGAAAAACAGGCUGUGGAUUCCGCUGCAGAAACACCACAGGAAGCAUGCUGGUGGGGGAAGACGAGCGUGUGACAGAAAUCCAUGAAUGACCUCCUCCCCGGACACCUCACAGCAGCCUGUUUUGAAAAUAUAACGUAUGAGACCCUCAGACUCUGAACCACCUGUUUCUCCAAAGCUGUGGGUUUCAUACAAGUUAAGUUUAUAUUGUAUGAAGCCUGAUAGUUUCCUGUAAGGGUAAUGAGAAGUAGAUUAACUGGUGUAGAUUCAAUUAACCUGAGAGACCAAAGUUGUUAAACCACAUCUAUUUCUUUUCACUUCCGAAUUCCCCUGUAGCAGCAGAUCCACGGGAGGGAGCGCUGUGAAGUAUGGUCUGCAGUGUCCACAGUAACAUUUUGUAGAUGUCACCGUUCCCAGAGGUAACACUCAUCAGACACACUUACAAAAGGAAACCAUUUUCCCAACCCCGAAAGCCCAUUAAUAUUACACAAGUUAGCUGGGCUUUGAUGCUGUAAAGCAGGACCCUGAUGCAAACAAUAAACCUUUGAUAAAUACACAAAUAAUGCCCCAUAUUCCUUUAAAAAAACAGGUCACAUAUACCUUACAUUGAGAUAAAAGCUAAGAAAAUUAAGAACUAGUCAUGUUUCAUAUCAUUUAUUACUGAAUUACUAUUGUUAAUUACUCUAAUGUUAUAAGUCAUCACUUAUAGCUUUGAAAAUUGAUCCUUUGAAGAUUUAAAAUAUAUAACUGAUUAAUGGAAUAAUUUCUGAAUCACUGGAAUAUCAUUUGCUUUUCUUGGAAGAAUUAUAGAAUCUUAUUAUCCAGCAACUAUAUAAAAAGGGUACUUAAUAUUUUGUUACAUAAAAACCAGGUAGUAAAAAUGUAUUUACAAAAAAAUAAUAAUUUUACACCAUUAAAUAAAACAAUCAAGCAUUAAAAGAUAAUUUGAUAUCUUUAUAAAUUUAAUGUCAGAAUUUUAAGUAUUAAGACUAUCCUUUUUAAAAAGCUAUAUUUUGCUUUUAAAGUUGCUUAUUUUACUUCUAAAUUAAAAAAAAGUUACUGAAAACUUUAGUGUGCAAAUAUUCUCUUUACAAACUGUAGGUGACUUAGUCUAGCUCCCUCCCAAUAAAGAUGGUCACAUAUAUUGCUGAAAUAUACAUCUAGAAUCACUAAAAUGAAGAUAAAGAACUAGAGAAACUAUACUUUAUUGGGUCAUUACAAGAAAUUAAAAUUUAACACUUUAAUUUUUAACUCAAAUUACCUGAAGAACCUUCCUACUUCUUAAAAUAGAAGACCAAAAAGAAACACAAGUAAAUUUAUAAUUAUGGUAAUCUUGAAACAGAAAUAAGGGUUGACAAUAAUUUGAGAUAUCUGCAGCAUUUGUAACAUAAAAAGAUUUGUAACAUAAUGUAAUUUCCUAUGGUGACAAUUGUUAGUAUUAUUGUGGUUGGUUGCUUAUAUUAAAAUUGAAAUACUGAAUUUCACUAGA